AAAGUUUGAAAUUUCAAGUUUGCAUAGUCUCAUUCGCAAAAGUAUACGAAGGAAUUAUUCGACGAUGAGUAUUGAACUUUCUAUAGAGAUGCAACACAUCUCACGCGACAGUUGGUCGACGAAUUUGACACACGAAGGAUUAACGACGAAGAAUUCACUGAAUCGCAAAAUUCUGUAGUCGUCGGGAACUUUCACAGAGUGAAGAGUACGAACUUGACACCUAGAAGGCCGACCUUCGAGCGAACGUCGUAAUAACUCGCAUCGCGUUCUGUGACCGCAGGUAUACAGGGUGUUCGGCUACAGGUAGACUGUUUUUUAAGUAAUAAUUCUAGAAACCGAGACGAUGUGAAAGUGAAAAUGCCGAAAUUCCGUUUGAGGCGUUGCUUCGGAAUUGUUAAUUAAUAAAUCCAUGUAUUUUCAAUAAUUAAUAACUCUCACGCCAAGCCUCGAACGAAAUUUCAACAUUCUCGAUUUUCACCUCAACCUGUACAGUUGAGAAACAUCGGUUCGGAAUUUUUAUUCGACAAUUGAAAUGAUUUAUUACCAGUGCAAAGUUUCGUGCAGCGCAUCGAACUCUGAGACAGAUAGACAGUGCUUUGACUUUUAUUUGCGCGGACAUAUGUCGGUUGAGAAAAACAAUCGCCGUAUGCAAAAGGACACGACACCGUUAUUUUGUCGAAGCAAUUUCCUCGAGAAAGAGACGCGCGAGUGCGCACGAUGAAACGCAAAGAGGCAACGACGAAACGAAAGAAGCAAAUCAAAAAUGGGUCCAUUCAAUCGAAGGAGCUGGAAGCCCGCGGAGUCUCCAUGGAUAUGAAAACGUCCUGGGCAGCUCAAGAGCUGACGUCCAAAUACUCCAAUCUGAACGACAUGGCUCGAUUCCAGCAAAAGCAGCUGCAGGAGAAGGAACAGAAGUUGCUGCAGCUCUACGACCAGCAACAACAGAGGGCUUAUCAGGUGAUGCAACGAGGUAGCGCUGGUUCCAACAGCUCGAAUCAUACUACAUCCGUCAGCCAGCACACCGUCACAAAGACCUCGAACAGCAGCCAUACAACCUCGACCUCGCAAGGUGGUAAGGUGAGGCAGAUGUUCGACGAGAGACGCCACACGACCGUGAAGGGCAUCGACAGGAGCUACCCGCUGGAGCCACUGGAGAACAAACCGCGGAAACAAACGAACGGAAACGCGACGCAGAAGAACGGAAAUUCGACGGUGAACCGACACUCCGUGACUGUGAAGCGAGCGGCGCGGGCUGACGUGAACAGCAAUUUGAAUGGCGGCAAACCGGUCGUCUCGUAUCACGAGGAAGUCACUCGAGAAUCGUUUGUACCAUCUGUACAGGGCCACACGGACGACGACGAAUUUGGAAACGAGAACCAUGUCGCUCAGUAUGCCAAUGGCAACCAUCGAGAUGACACGCGGAUCGAGGAGGUUCUCGACGACGAUACGAUAGAGAGGAAUCGCAUGAUGGCGAAGUUACACUUGAUGCAGUACGACGAGACGCUGAAGCACCGCGUUAAAAACGACCUCGAAAGCGAAGAAUUCCCGGAAGACUUCAUGGUGGAUGUACCUGACAAGCUACCGAAACAAAGUGUUACCAAGAAGCUGUCCCAGGCGGAGGCUAGAUUGGAGCGCUUCAGGAACGCCAACGCGAAACGAAGCAACAGCAUUACGAAAAAUACGAGCACGAUCGGCGUUCCCAGGAAACGGUUCGACCCGAUAUUUCCGGCAAAGUCUACCUCCAGCGGGAUUAAGGACGCGAAGAGCAGGACGAAGAGUCCUCGGAGCAGCGGAACGAGGGAUGCGACGUCUAAUAGCACGGAGGAAACUCUCUCGUCGUCGGAGUCUGAAAGAACCGUGAAACGAAAAAGCGAUACGCGGUUCUUUUGCAAGGAUUCCAAGAGAUCUGCUACCACUUAUGAUUCAGAAACUAGCGAACGAUUGUCGCCUGAUUUUUUAAAGGAUAGAAAACCUCGACGCGAAAGUCCGAAGUACCUUUGCGAGGAGUCCGAGAAGUCAGCUACCGCGUAUGUAACGGAUUCAAAAGCUGAAGUAUCGAAAGGUAAACAUCGUCGUAGCGAGGAACCCGAAUUCUUCUGCAAGGAAUCUAAAACUUCAGCUACCACCUAUGCGAUUAAUUCGAAAGCUUUCGGAAAACUUCGUCCAAAGUUUUCGAACGACGCAGAACGUGCUGUGAAAUCAAUAAAAAGUAAAGAUUGGUCUAUCGAAUCCAAAGGAAGAUCUACUAAAUCACCGAUCGUGGGUGUAGAUACCGUAGACAGGGACUUUAUAUCCCUUGGUCGAUCUCCAUCUCCAGGUAGUCAAAACGCUAACCUACUUGAAAAAAUCGAGACCAGAGAUGGUACGAAACUGGUCUCAAACGAAUCGUUCAACGUUUUCGAGCGAUUAACGAGCCAUAACACGAGUCCCAGGUAUCCUUAUCGAGAACCUGGAAGUUCAACGAUGAGAAACAACGCGAGAGGCUCUAAACUGAUGUCUAAAUCGCCAGAAUUUCCCGAGAAGCUCGCGAAAAAGCGCAGCGAUGGUUCAAAAGUGUUUCGCAAACACGACCAUUCAGGUAUUCAUUCGAGUCCUUCGUCGCAAUCGCCAGAUUCCGGGAAGACGAUCUCCAGAAAGUCCAGCACAAGCCCUCGCUUCUUUUCCACGGACGCAGACAGGUCAGCCACCAUUAUGCUGGUAAUCCCAGAAACGAUAACAAAGGUGAGAACAAGAUCAACGUCUCCGAGGAAAGAGAAAAGUUCGAGAUUUUCUAUCGACAGGUUUAGCUUAGCACCUGCGAACAAAGUUGCUGGAUCAAGUAGAAGAACCUCCAAGGAAGACCUCGACGAAGGUACCAGGUACAACAUACGAAGCUCGGUAUCGAAAUUUUUCUCUGAACAAUGCGAAAAGGCUUCCAGAAACGUAGACGUCGAUGCGCGAUUCAACAGAAGAUUCGACAGAAGCUCUGACUUGUCGCGCAGCUCCUCUCCAGUGUCGCUGAAGGCCAUGAGAACUCAAAGACAGACAAAACCAACAGACAGAGGUCUACCAUCGAGGAAGAUCGACACUAGGAAGUCUUCAUCGAGGAUAAAGGAUAGUAGAAGCGGGACACCUGAAUUUGUUUCUUACGAAACAGAUAAGCCUGCCACCACGGUGAGUCUCGAGCCGAAAGUUACGAAAGACUGGACGAACAAACGUUCCGAGAGUCCGCGAUUAGAGAAAAGUGGCUGUAGAAGCGUCCAUAGUGGAAAUAGAUCAUCAAAGAGCCCUGACAGCUUCGCUGUGCUCAGAGAUGUUGAAGCGACUGAACCUCAAAGGGGCCAGACUGGUUCUAGAGGUGAGAGUAGGUCAUCCGAGACAGCUGACACCUUCGUUCUUCCUGGAAACACUAAAACGACUAGUGUUGACAGGAGUAGCAGGAGCUCGCGGAAGACACCGGCAGUUGUGGAUGCUAGAAGCAGGACUCCGGAGUUCUUUUGUUAUGAAACAGAAAAGUCUGCUACUACCGUGAGUCUCAAACCACAGUCCAAGACAGAUUCGACGAAGGAACGCUCUGAAAGUCCUGGAUCGAGGCAAAGCAGUUCUACAGGUGCCCAUAGUGGAGGUAGAUCAUCAAAGAGCCCCGACAGCAUCACGCUACCUAAGGAUGUUGAAGUGAUCAGCGGUCAUAGUAGAAGCACCAGUCGUGAUUCUUCGCCGAGGCUCCGGAAGGUUCUAUAUAACAGAAUAGGGACUCCAGAAUUCUUUUGCUACGAGACAGACAAACUUGCCGCAACAGUGAGUUUGAAAUCUAGACCUGCGAUAGACUCAAUUAACCAACGUACUAAGAGUCCUCGAUCAAGAUCAGGCAGCUCAACAGGUGUCCAUGAUGGAGACGGACCGUCAAAGAGCUUUGACAACGUCAAAGAUAUUAAAUCAACCUCUGGAUAUAAUAAAAGCCACUCCCGCGAUUCGUCGCCGAAACUACAGAAGAUCGCUGACAUCAGACGCGGUACUCCAGAGUUCUACUGCUACGAAACGGAAAAAUCUGCCACGACGGUCGGUCUUAAACCGAAAUCCACGAAAAACACGAGAAACGAGCAUUCUAAACGUCCUGGAUCGGAUGGCUGCACAGGUUCUCGAUCUAAAAGACCAUCAAAAAGUCCCGACGUCUUCGCUCUAUCCAAGGACGCCAAAGCGACCGCUCGAAGGGGCUCUGGCAACAUCCUGCGAUCAACGAAGCUCAUUCGCGAGAUCAUAGAACACCAGAAAGAUAGAAAUCAGCCCGAUCGUACUUUACAGAACAGCUCGAAAGAGUCACGAAGGCCUUCGAUAGCACCCGAUGAUACCACAGGAAUAUCACGCGUCGAUAUUGCUGGCGAGAACGAGGUAGACACGGUCAGGGUGAACAGAAAUGUCGACGAAAGGUCACCGACGCCUCCCACGCGAACGUACGACCUUCUCACUCCAGAAUCGAGUCCCAAAAGUUCUAUUUCCGCGGAGGUGGACGCCGAGAUUCGAGAAAUCACCAUGCCCGAUCAAUACUUGGAACGAGGGAAACUUCGCCGUGAGCUUCGAAGCACAUACUCGAGGUCUUCCAAGGAGACCUCGCAAGCUUCGAUCGAGUCGAAAGCUGAGAACGCGUCCACGUACUCCGUUCGUAAACCUGGCAAAAAGAGAGGAUCCCUCUUCGAAUUGGACAUCUUCGAGCCGACGAAAAAGCGUCAGCAGGCUCCAGAUCAUCGGAGAAUCACGGAGUCGAAGAGAAGCGCAGGCUUCGCGAGCAAAGCGAUAGGUUCGAAGGCUCGAGAUGGAAAAACCGGGAACUCCGAGCGUUCUUGCGGCAGCAGCAGCCCUUCUCCCACGAGUGAAUCGCUUUUUCGCGCCACGAAACGUCGAAUCGGAGCUGCAGCGAACGAGGAAAAUCGUGCGAAAAGUUUGCGAUCCAAGAAUACGGAGAAGUCGCCAAGAAAGCAGCCUGUAGCCUUGGGGUCCGUGGAACUGGUGCGAAAGAUCAUAAAAGGGACGCGAUCCGUGGCGACUAACGAGGUCGAGCGUAAACAGGAAGCUAUGAAGAAAUUGGAGGGCGAGAUUAAAAUGCGGGAUAUUGAUUCUGUUGUAUCGAGGACAGUAGAGUUUAUGAAAUACGAGGAAGGGUCGUCGAGAACGUGUUACGAAAGGACGGACUCGGUGGAAUCCGCCCUGAGACGUUUCGAUUCCAUCGACGCAGUGGCGUCUGUCCAAAGCACGCUGGAGAGAAACGAAGAGAUAGGAGAAAGACGAAACAGAUCGUUAAAGACUCCUGACAUCUACACUGCGUCGAAGGAUGUGAAAAUAUCUGACAGUGCUAGUAGAAAGAGCAGUCGUGAAUCAUCGCUGAUCCUGGAGAGUAAACACAAAAGUCCAGAGUUUGUUUGUUAUGAAACGGACAAACUUGCCACGACCGUGAGUCUCAAACCUAGGGAUACAAUCGAUUCGUUUAAUCAACGCUCUGAGAGCCCUCGAUCGAGACCAGGCAGCUCUACAGGUAUUCGUGGUGCUGGUAUGCUCCCCAAAGAUGUUGAGCUAAUUAAUAAUUUGAAUAAAAGAAGCAGUCGUGAAUCACCGCUCCAUAAAAUUCGGGAUAGUAAGUCUAAUAGUCCAGAAUUUGUUUGCUAUGAGACAGACAAAGUUGCCACAACAGCGAAUCUCAAACGUAAGCCUACAAUAGGUGCGAUCGACCAACGUUCUGAAAGGCCUCGAUCAAGACCAGGUAGCUCCACAGGUGUCCAUGAUGGAGGUAGAUCGUCAAAGAGUCCCGACACCCUAACUCUGCUCGAUGAUAGAUCGUUUGGAAUCGAUAAUUCAGCAAGUAGCUCGAGGACAAUUUCUCUGAAAGCACUCAACCGAGCGAGUUCUCCAAGAAACCCGGAGAACAAACCAUCCAGAACUUCUGCAAAGGGUGUUUUCAACAGCGAAACUCCUGGCGAAAUGAGAGUACUUGGAACGCAGGAAACUCGACGUCAGAAAAAGCUGGCCACGGCCAAGGACUCAUUUGAGAUCGAUCGAGUUCUGUCAAGGUCCAAGUCGCCAGCGUGCAGACGGAAACUCUUCCCCGAUGGCGACUCGACGGAGGAAACGGAAACUGUUAGCUCAUUUUCGAAGACGAAGUCGAGUAAACGCGACGCGACCUAUUCGAUUGGACCAAAUAUAAAAUCAAAAUGCGUGAAACCUGUUAGGGACGACGAAACGUCGAUGAAAGAGGCGGACUCAGAUCGUCCUGUGUCUAUUAAACAGCUGAGAUCGAUCGAGGAUAUUCGAAAAUCCAUAGAAAACGAGAGUUCCAGGUGUGGAGAAACGAGAACGUCUAGGUCGGCCAUUGCAAAUAAUGUUUCGAGAUGUUCGAGUACCGUGCAACCGCGGCGAAGACGAUCGUGUCCAUUGAAUGGAGACACUCGUGUCGGGAGUAAAAGAGAUACGUCUUCGUCGAAAUGGUCAGAGAAUCUUAGCGCGAGAGACGACAGAUUAGGUGAAUCAGGGCGCUCUGUAAAGUGUGCGACGCGUUUCUCCAGGGUAGCAAAAAGUCCGAGUCCAGAUUUCAAGGCGACGGAAACCAACCGUACGCGAAGAAGCGUGCCUCCUACGCCGUCGAAGAGCCCGGACACGGCGACGAGGCGUCACUCCACCGACUUGAAAGCUCAAGAUACAAAAUCGACGAAACGACCAGCGCCCAUGAAAGGCACGGAGCCAAUUGGAAACAGGAAGACGACGACGACGACGACGACUACCACGAGAAAAUCGACGGAUGUCGUCGAUGGCGCUAUUCUCGAGAAUGGUCCGCAUUUACGAGACCAAACUGCCGAAACGAAAUACGAUAACGACUCGUCGACGACGAAGAAGAACGAUGCUUUUGUCAUCGCCUUCGACGAACAACCGCCGAAGGAAAACGAUGUUUCACUUCCGAGGAAACCACGGUUACGAAAACAAUCCACGGAAAAGCAUACACCUACCUCGCAGUCUGGCCGACCUCCGUCAGUUUCGUCCACCUCAAGCGGUAGCACUAUGCAGAGUCACGUUUCCACUCCGAAAAGUAGGAUGUCGUCGAAAGUCCACACGCCUUCUUCCGCUACAUCGACGUCCAGAGGAUCGGCGUCCAAUAAAACUGGCGGAAGCGUGUGCUCUGCCGAUCUUCUGACGCCCUGCAAAAUAUGUGGACGCCGUUUCGCUCAAGACCGUAUAACCCUUCACGAGCAAAUCUGCGCGAAAACGGGCCAAAAGAAACGGAAGCAGUUCGACACGGUGAUGUUUCGCGUUAAAGAAACCACCGGAGGUGAAGUCGAACUGGAGGCGCAAGCACGAGGAUUUCAUUAACGCUAUACGCUCGGCGAAGCAGGUGCAGGCGCACCUGGCUGCAGGAGGCAAGCUCAGCGAUCUGCCUCCACCGCCUCCCAGCGAUACCAGCGAUUACAUUCAAUGUCCCCAUUGUGGCAGAAAAUUCAACAAGUCCGCCGCAG